AUCAUGACUAUAUCAACAAUGGUAAGAAUUUAAAAUAAUAUGAUUAAAAAAAAUAUAUAUAUUCUUAGCAAAUCGUAAACCAUUGUUGAUAUGUAAUAUUCCCUUAAAAAACAUCUUAGCUAAUCAGGACUAUAUUCUCACUAUAAUAUAUACUUCGUAUUACAUAUGGUUGAUAUUCAUUCCUUAUAUGAUUAAAUCAUGCAAUAUCCUCUAAUUCUCUUUACCUUUUUAUUUUUAUCCCAAAUUUUCCAAAAACAUCUUACCUAACAGGUCAUUAUAAAAAAGCUUAUAAUCAAUCCGUCGAAUUUUGAAUCACAAGCACUAAAUAACUUUAAACGUUAUUUUUUUCUAAUAGCACAAACUUUAAAGCUUAUACAAAAUAUCAAUCCGGCGAAUGAAAAUAUUACUAUACAGGCUAGGGUUAUCUGCUUAUGGACUAUUCCAUCUUUUAAUAAUGCAAACGAUGUACAUUCUCUAGGGAUGGUUUUACUAGAUGAAUAAGUAUGUAAUCUAAUGUUUGUCAUCAUUUUUUAUAUAUGUAUAAGUUGUGCUAGCAUCUUGCGGAGUUUCAAUAAUUAUGUUUUUUUUAAUUUAUUGUUUUUUUUUAUCUAAAUUUAAUUGCCUUUUAAAUUUCAACAAAGGCAAUAUCCAUUAGUUGUCUGUUUUGCAAUGACUAUUAACAAAAGUCAGGGUCAAUCUCUUUCCCAUGUUGGCCUAUAUCUCCCAAGACCAGUAUUUAGUCAUGGUCAACUAUAUGUUGCGGUUUCAAGAGUCACAAAGAAGAGUGGACUAAAAGUUUUAAUAUGUGUGACAAAGAAGGAAAAAUAUAUCAUACUACACACAAUGUAGUAUACAAAGAAGUGUUUCAAAAUUUGCAUAAUGAGUUGGCAGCACCUUUGGAGGCUCUAGGAAAGGCUGCAGCAGAAUUACAGAUAAGGAAACGAACCAAUAUUGGAAUGGACUUAGCUUUUGACUGGGAACAAGUUAAAGCCUUUGCGAGGCAGGCUGAUGGCUCAUUGUUCAGUUGGUGUGAACGCCAUCAUUGCUACCAUCACUUAAUUUAUGGAAUAGUAAAUAACAGUAAAGUGGCUGUACCUCUGAAAUAUGGCUGCAAAAAUUUCUACUGGGAACCUUGGGAGCCUCUUCUUCGGAAGCUGGAAACAGAAGGCAUUCUUAAACAAGUAUUUCCUUUGCACGAUGAACAGAAAAAGAAGGAGAUGCUAAGGAGUUGGGCACUAAACUUUUGGGACAUUACAAGGCAGCCAAUUGAUGAUAUAUACCUAUACUUUGGAACCAAGAUAGCAAUAUAUUUUGCCUUUCUUGGAAUGUAUACUCGGUGGUUACUCUUUCCUGCGGCAUUAGGGAUUGUAUUGCAUUUAGUUGACUUUGGAUCACUACAAUUUCUGGCUCUUCCGGUGUUUUUCAUAAGUAUCAUAUCAUGGGCUGUGUUCUUCUUCCAGUUCUGGAAACGCAAAAAUUAUGCCCUCAUAACCAGAUGGAACAUCAGUUACACAGUUGGAACAGGACCUGGAUAUAAGAUAUUUGGAAUGGAUCUAAACUCUAGGAAGCAUCCUCUGGAAUUCACAAAAAAGUUGGAGGCUGAUAAUGUCAAAGGGAAAGCAGCAUACCAAAGAGAUGAAUGGUUAGGACGUCUAAAGAGGAUCAGAAACGAUACAGUCAUUAUAUUGAGCAUUAUUUGUCUUCAGUUGCCUUUUGAGCUAGCGUAUGCUCAUCUCUAUGAAAAAAUUGGAUCAGACAUCAUAAAGUUUGGGCUGACGGCUGUUUACCUACUUCUUAUUCAAUAUUUUACGCGAUUUGGAGGGAAAAUUUCUGCUGAUCUCAUUAAAAAUGAAAACAUUGACAAUGAAGAGUAUCAAGCAGACAGCUUAAUAUACAAGCUGUUUGGGCUUUAUUUUAUGCAGACAUAUAUUGGAGUUUUCUAUCAUGCUUUGCUCCACCGCAAUAUUAUGACACUUCGCAAAGUUUUAAUCCAGCGUCUGAUCGUCUCUGAGGUUUUUGAGAACUUGCUUGAAAAUUCUCUGCCCUACCUUAAAUACAGCUAUAAAAAGUUUGGAGCUGUUAGGCUCAAGAAGAAGCAUGAUAAGGGGUCAUCAAUUGGGAAGGUAAAAGUGAAUUCGAGAGUAGAGAAAGAGUAUCUGAAAUCUGCUUACUCUGCCAGCAUUGGAGGAGAACUUGAAGAUGGACUGUUUGAUGAUUUUCUGGAGUUGGCUCUGCAGUUUGGAAUGAUUAUGAUGUUUGCAAGUGCAUUUCCCCUCACUUUUGCUUUUGCUGUUGUGAACAACAUUAUGGAAAUCAGGACAGAUGCUCUAAAAUUGCUUGUCAUGCAUAAAAGGCCUGUUCCUCGUGCUGCUGCUACAAUUGGAGCAUGGUUGAAUAUAUUUCAGUUUCUAAUAGUGAUGUCAAUAUGCACCAACUGUGCACUUUUGGUUUGUUUAUAUGAUGAGGAAGGGAAAUGGAAAUUAGAGCCAGGGCUUGCAGCAAUUUUGGUCAUGGAGCAUAUCCUCCUAAUUAUAAAGUUUGGCUUUUCUCGCUUUGUCCCUGAGGAGCCUGCAUGGGUUAGAGCGAGCCGUGUGAAGAAUGCAACACAUACUCAAGAUGUGUCUAGAGAACUCUUGAGGACCAUUUCUGGUGGAGAAAAGAUGUUGAACCCUGCAGAAAUAACGAACUGACACCAAAAAUGCUCGCCUUGUACAUUGGUAUAUAAAAGUUUUGUAGGAUGCCUUGUAGAUGGUACAUAUAGUUAUACAGAAAUGCCAUUGCCGUCUGUGCCCUAUAUCAGUGUGUCAUCUUUUGAUUCUUGUUAUCUUUCUGCCCAGUCUUUUGCUUGAAACUGUACUUGCUUCAAGUUGUACAGGACUAUAGGUGGGUAGUGGAUGCUCACGGGUUCUUUUAAUCUCAAAGAGAAAAGAACAGAAUUUACAGUAAAGCCGAAAACUUAGAAUUUCUUCCA